AACCCACCAGAAGAAUUAAAAUGGCUGCAACCCUAAACCAAAGGAAAUUAUCAUCAAAGUUUGUGAUGAGAUGCUCAUGCCGUCUAAAAUAUAAUAGGCGCUCAAGCAUUGAUUCCCCGGCAUCAAGUGAUGAUGAUGAAGAGUUCUUCAACUCUACAAUCCCAUGUCAUGCCAUAUUCAUAUUUUUGGAUUCACUCCUUCUUGGGAUGCUCCAACUUGAGUAUCAAAACAAGAACAAAUCACCAUGGGUGACGCACUCGAUUCAGAUUCAAACCUUCUUGAUGGCUGGAUGCAUCUACUGCGCCGUGCUUGGAAUCAAUAUCUUCAACAAACAAGCUCGAAGUGGCUACAAGGGGAAGAUUUUGAGCUUUGUCCUCCUAAUUUUUGGAUCAAUUUCAUGUGCAUCUCUCUUGUCCAUCAUGUUGCACCCAAUACUUUUAUGGACUGUGCUCAUCAUCUGGGGAUCUAUACUUAUAAUACUAAUGGAUUAUCACUCUCUCAAAAGUUUGAUAUAUUGGAUAUUUGAGUUGUUCUUGAAGUUAAAUAAUCUUCAUAAGAGCAAGCAAGUUUCCAGCAACAACAUUAUAGCUGAUCAAGUAGCUGAUGUUAUCUAAAACCUUUUGUUAUUAAAUCGGUACGUUUCUCUAUUUUGAUGUGCUGAGGAUGUUAUUUAAUUUGUAAUAUUAAUUAUAAAGGUUUAUUUCUUCACAAUUUAUUUGUAUCUUUUGAAAAAAAAAUUGGAAUCUGAAGUAACUAGUUAUUAU